AUGGCGUUGAGUAAAGCGAAAGCAGAUAAAGAAGAUUUAUUAAAUUGUCCGAUAUGUUUUGAAGCAAUUAAACAACCAAAAAUCUUACCUUGUAUGCAUAGCUUUUGUAAACAAUGCAUACACGAAUAUAUUUUAAAUAUAGGACGCAACAAGAACAGUGAAUUAACCCAAUUUACAUGUCCAGUUUGCAGAUCAGUCGUGAAACCGAGAAAUCCGAAAGCACCGGUUGAUGAAUGGUCUUCUGCACUUCAAGAUAAUCUUAUCCUUGCCAUUAUGAUUUCUACAACAAAGGGAGAUAAACAACAAGAUUGUAAUGUGUGUGAACAGCACCAACAAAUAUCACUUGCCAAGUUCUGGUGCGAGGGAUGCGAAAAAACUUUGUGUGAAAAAUGUAACACAAUGCACACAUGGCUUCUAUCUUCACACCCAGUAAUUGCAUUGGAGGAAUUAGGACCAAAUGUAUCUGGACUUGAUUUGCAUGCAGUGUCUGAGAAUUGCAAUGAACACCCAUCUAACAGUAUUGAAGCUUUUUGUUUCAACCAUGAACAGUUAUGUUGUAUCCAGUGCGUAACUACAAAUCAUUGGAACUGUGAAAGCGUCAAGUCAAUUGAAGAAAUUACAAAUUCUAAUAGUGUGUACGACACACUUCAGGAUAAACUAGAGUGUAUCAAACAAGCAACAUUAAAAGUUCUAAACGAAAAAGAAGAUGAAAAACGCGACCUUAAAGAGAAGUUGGAAAACGCAGGGAACGACGCAGGAAGGUUUCUUGAACAAGUUAAAUGUAAGCUAGACGCUUUAUUUGAGGCAUUUAAGAAGCAGUUAAAUGUAUAUCGUGACGAACAAAAUACAAAUUAUAAUAUUCGAAUACGUUUACUUGAACAAUUCGUAGAUAUUUUAGACCACUGGAUUACUGUUAACAGAAUUGUUAAAGAGUUUGGAACCAAAACACAGCAUUUCAUUCAUGUUGAGACUCUGAAGAAUCAAAUAAAGACCAGCCUUAUCGAAAUAGACAAGGUUAUCAAGCAUGAGACUACACUCGACAUCAAGUUCGCGAAAAACGAAAUUUUAGAGCAGCUGGAAACAGCUGAUUGUAUGGGAAUAUUAAACAAAACAGAACAUGAUUUGGAAAAUCAAAUGAAAGAUAUUCGAAAUUGCUGUAAAAAUUUAGGUAUAAAAUAUCUACCGCAGUUUAUAGAUAUCAGAGUUGAAUUGGUUAAUAGUUUUCACAUCGAAGGAUCGGACUUAUCCUGCGGAGUAUGUGUAGGAGAUGAUCACAUUAUACUUGGUAACAGAUCAUUAAAGAAUAUAUUACAGGUAUUUGACAAAAAAACUGGGCAUGUUAUUAACACUACAAAGUUCGAACAAGAUGCUUGUCGUUUGUGUUAUGAUAAAGAACAAAAUCAAAUUUUUAUUUCUCCUUUCGAACAAAAGUUUUUAUACAAAGCAGGGAUAGUUGGAGACCUUAUCAAUAAUCCCGUUUUGUUGACCUUUAAUAAAGAUUACGUCGGGGCAUCAUGUAAACACGGUAAACACAUUUACAUAGUUGUAGACGAAGCUAUUAAAAAGUUCGUCUCGACUGCAAGUCCAAAUAGUUCGACGGAAAUGACAACUGUGUUUUCUACAAAUACAGACUGUGGUAUAAAUGGCAUGAAUAUAGCUAAAAAGAAUAUUAUUUUUACAACAAAAGACAAAGAAGUCAAAUGCAUAACAAUUCAAGGGGAAGACGUUUACUGCUUUAAAGACGAGAUGAUUAAAACCCCAGAAUGUAUAAUAGCUUUGCCGUCAGGUCUAAUUUUAGUUGUAGAUCGAGAUAAGAAAGGAUCGUUACAUGUCCUCUCAGAAGACGGUAAUAAACACAAAACACUUCUUAACAAAUUUGACACUAUCACGGAUCCACGGGAUAUCUGGUUAGACAAUGAUGAUCACGAAACAUUUUAUAUAGCUGGUGGAGAGUAUUUAGAGAUGUACAGAAUAACAUGUGACUAAAGCAGUUUUAUGUGGACUUAUUUUAUAUCAAUAUAGUAGAAAUAUUACGACUAUAGAUAACAGGAAAACACAUUUUAUCGGAAAGUAAAUGAAAGUUGUAGCUAUCCACCUGUAAAAACCGAAAGACAAAAUAAAUAAUUCUCACUCAGGUUUAAGUCAGAUGCAUACCAAAGGAAGCACGAAGUUCUGCAGUACAUCAGAAAAAAUGGAAGUAAUUCCCAGGGUAUGAGUUCAACAAGCGAAAAGAGUCGUUGUGACAACACAAACCGUACUAAAACCUCUUGAAGUCGGCCGCAAAUGUUUUGAAGUUAUAUCACGAUAGGACGAUACUUUCCUUGUAGACAGGAACAUAUCCUUUUACGUAGUGUGUAAAAUGCAAAUAUGUGUGCUCAGUUGUGAUUAACAUACAAGACAUUUUUCAAACAUUUAUAAAAAAUUAAUAAUUUAUAGCCAAUAAAACUUCAUGUUAAUUUAUUGACAUUAUAUAUACACAAGCAAGCCAAUUACCUUUACUAAUUAAAACUUUUAGGAAUUUCCGAAAAUAUUACCACCUUUGUAAAUUGCAUUGUA